AUGGCAAUCCGAUAUAUUUCAAGACUGCCGAAGACUUUGAGAAGUCGGACGGCGGAUGCGAGGUGCCCUGCAACAAGAUGCUCGAAUGCGGGCAUCUCUGUCCCAGGCGGUGUCAUGCAAGUCAUGAGGCCCUUGGAUGCAAACAUCCGUGUAAACGCACCCUCUCUUGUGGCUGUCAAUGCCAGCAACUCUGUUACCAAGACUGUAAGGCUUCGUGCGAUUGCAAAGCUGCUAAUAAAUCGGCGAGCUUCUUCAAGGGAAGAGACACCACUCGAACAACUUGAUGAGGAAAACGCGGCCCGUUUGUUUGGUGAAGCAGACGCAGCUGUGGGUACAGACAACAUGAAGUUAGUACGCAGAAGGGAUGAUGGAGAGGGUGGGAUUAGGGAGGUUUGGAAAGGAACUUAUACGGUAAGGGUAAAUGAUGGGAAGAGAGCUGAUGCGAGCUUGCUUGAUUGA